GAAAGUACAGGCGGCUCACCAGGGCUGUCCCACUGGUCUUACCUUACACCCGCACCACCAGGCACUCGCUACAUCCGCUGCUGCGGCCGAAUAGAUUGCUCCGGCCCAAGACAAUAAACGGCUUACAGCCCAAGCCGACGAUCCGGGGCCAUCACUAAUCAGUUUUUAUACCCCCUCGAUUUAGUUUUCGCUCAAACCCUCACGACACACUCACGAAGUCCAGUCUAUCUCAAACGCCCUCACAUUUAAUGCUUUCUCCGCUACCCCUUACACUUGUCCUCUUGCUCUCCGAUGCUCUCGCUUCACCAACGCCACCGACGAAGGGUCUCUCAAUGCCCUUGAGGCGUCGGCCUCAGCCAAGGACCGGCCGCGACUGGGCAGCAUGGGCUGAGAAUGAACGUCACGGUCUCACAUCGAAGUACGGUGGACAGGCUGUCAAGCGCAGCACUGGCACCAAUUUAAUAACGAAUCAGGGUGCCGACUCGAGUUAUUUCGGUUCUCUUGCGAUCGGAACACCGCCAGUCUCAUUCGACGUCAUCCUAGACACCGGAUCCGCCGACCUCUGGGUUGCAAGUAGUACUUGCAACCAAGGAUGUGAUUCAAUGGCCAAAUUCGACUCCGGAGCUUCGUCUUCCUUCACAAACAGGAGCACGCCUUUCUCGAUAACUUACGGAAGCGGUGCUGCGGCCGGCAAUCUGGGCUCGGAUGUAGUCCAAAUGGCCGGCUUUUCCGUAGCAAAUCAGGUCUUCGGAGUCUGCGACCAAGCGACAAAAGGAUUGCUCACCAGUCCCGUGUCGGGCCUUCUCGGUCUCGCCUGGCAAGCGAUCGCUUCGUCUCGGGCACCUCCUUUCUGGGAAACACUUGUGUCCGGUGGAUCAUGGGACUCUCCAGUCAUGGCCUUCCAGUUGACGAGAUUUCUGAACCAGUCGCGAAGCGGUAAUCUCCAGGCUGGGGGAUCGUUUACGAUGGGAUUCGUCAACAACUCGCUUUACACUGGCCAAAUUGAAUAUAUCAAUAUGCCCACCGCCUUCAACUCGUAUUGGACGCUUCCCAUUACUGACAUCACAGUCCAAGGCGCCUCGAUUUCGAUGUCGUCUGGAACAAGCGCUUAUGCUGCGAUCGAUUCGGGUACUACCCUGGUCGGAGGACCGGCAGAAGACAUCGCCAACAUCUACGCUCAGAUCCCUGGAUCGUCUCCUGGAACGGGGAGCUUUUCAGGUUACUAUCUGUACCCAUGCAACACGGCAGUCUCCGUGUCGAUCUCCUUUGGUGGACGCAGUUGGUCUGUUAGUCCGGCCGAUUUCGAGCUCCAGGAAAUACAACAAGGCACUUGCUUGGGAUCGUUUUUCACUCUUCAGACCGGAAACGGGGCUCCCUCGUGGAUCCUUGGCGAUACAUUCAUGAAAAACGUUUACUCCGUCUUUCGCUAUGACCCUCCGUCUGUCGGCUUCGCGACAUUGUCCGACACUGCCCUAGCCAUGAACGAUGACGUCAAUCUGAACGUGCCAUCCCCGACGAUUGGCUCUGUUUCUGCCGCAGCGACUGCCGCAGUCAACGGGCACAAGAGCGGCGCCAUUUUCUCCCGACAGACUUCUGUUAUCGCCAUCGCGGCAGCUGCUAUCGGACCAUUGCUAUACACGUUUUGUUAGAGUGGACUGCACUAAUUCCAAUGUAGCAUAGCACAUAUACUUAGCCUCGUCGUAUCUAUAUCUUCCAUCCAACCCACAUCACAUACGGAUUGUCAGCCGCAAAUCCCGGUUCGACGCGCCAUAUCUCCCAAUUGCCAAGAGACAGCCAGCCCUCCAAGAAUGCCCGGGUCACAUCAUCCGCACGCAGUUCCAUGACCACCAGGACGAGAGAACCAGAGUGAUCGAUGGCCGAGAGCAACGGUCCCACUAGUGAUGGAUGGUAGAUGCAGUCUACGACCAGGAUGAGAUCGACGGGAGGAUCAUGGGGAGGAAACACGAGAUUCCGUCGGGAGGCCGGAGUAGAGUGUAAAGUCUCCCAAUUCAGUUCCUCGACGCGAACAUUGGCGAGAUUUAGAGUGGCAUUCUUCCGUAUCAGAGGCAAAAGUUCGGCAAUAUCUGUCGCCGUGUAAUGAUGAACGAAUCGAGCAAGUACGACACUCAGUAGACCAGUCCCAGAUCUAGCGACCAGUCAUCAAUAGAGCAGUCGUACUCGGGAGCAGUCACCCAAGCUCACCCCAAUUCGAGAAUAUGGCUCCC